AUGUACAGUCUGUCGACGACGCACAUCGCAUUGUCCCUCCACCAGAACCUCAUCGCGUUCUUUGAACAACACGCCGCUGAUGGCGGGUUGACCAUUCUGAACGAUCAAGGGAGUCCCCUUGUAUACACUCAGAUUGCAAUUGAAGUCAUCAACGACUCCAUAGUCUGCUGGAGAACGUGGGUUCUGUGGGGAAGAAGAUACAGCGUUAUCGCCAUUCCGGCAACGUGCAUCCUUGGAGGGGCAGCUUCGGGGAUAGGGCUUAUACGCGCGUUUGCUGUGUCCCCGGGCGGCGAAGAGGUCUACAAUGCCGACAUUACCCGGUGGUUUGAGGUAUUUGGUGCUUUGACGUUGGCGGCCAACAUUUACGCCGUCGUAGCAAUCUCGUAUAGGGCCUGGCAGAGCAUGCGAGCUCUCCGCGAGCUGGGUCCGAACGUUGUGAUUCAUGGAGGGAAGUAUUACGGAGCGCUACUGGUCGUGAUUGAGUCAGGAGUGCUGUACAGUGUUGCUCUGGUACAUACCAUUGUUCCCUCUGACCUUCUGCCGUCAUACCCGCUCAUGAUGCAGCCCACAAGACUGGCCUGGCGGCGUGGAGGCAGGCGCGGAAAUGGAAGCCGGACGAGCGUCGAUCUGGAGUCAACGAAAUCGUACCCGCUCCAACCUACCACAAUCUCCGCCGGACCAGCACAAAAUGCAUGGUACAAUCAAGACAUCUCCGGAACAAUUGGUAAUAGCUCUCUGCAAUUAGAAGGGUCGGCGAAGGCUGCCAAGCACCCAGAUGCAUAUGUACGGCUUGCUCGGCCUUCUGAGGUUCCUGCCAUAACACGAGUCCUCACCCGUGCGUUCGCAAAGGAUCCAGCGAUGAACUGGUAUGGCUGUGUGCCCGAGCUCGUGCCCGACUGCGAGUCUCAGACGCCAUCCGCGCAGCGGUCUAUGCGGAAUCUGAGCUGGUUCCAGAGUGCCAUACUCAAGUCCACCGUGCUUGUAAAGGGCCUUGUCACUGUGGUCGUCGUUCCGUCUGUAGAAGACGGGGAGGAUGCGGAACAAGAGUCUAACAGGGACACAGUCGAAGCAAGGGAGGAAGUGGUAGCUGUCGCGUUAUGGCUCCCACCUGGGAAGACACUCGAUAUGGGACCCGUGACAUUCCUGCGCUCUGGGAUCAUGAAGGUCAUUCAGGGAUGGGGGCUGACGGGGGCCAAGAGAGUGCUAUGGGACUUCUCUCCUGCUGUAGAGCGUACACUCGAGAAGGCAUUCAAAGCGCGCGGUCUUGAUCGGCUAGACUCAUGGCAUUUGUUCGAAAUGGUCGUGGAUCCCUCUCACCAAGGGCGAGGGUACUCGUCGCUCCUGAUGGAAGAGGGGUUCCGACGAACCUCACCCAAGCCGGUGCAUCUGGAGGCCACAACGGCGAAGAAUCGCGAUAUAUAUGCACAUUUCGGUUUUGAGGUUGAUGAGGAGCACCAGUUCGGUGUCGGUGCUGUGGACAAAGACGGCAUUAGAGCCCGCGGCAAAGCCGCGACAGGGUAUCCGGAGUGGGUUAUGACAAAGUGGUCUUCAUGA